AUGCCGCAUUUACUUAUUAGCACACGCAUUCGUCUGGAACCCGGUCCGACUAUUGUCGGCGACGAACGCGUUGAUCCUGAGAUAAUGAAAUAUCUAGGAGCAACGCUCUUUCAUGAAAAAUGUAACGACUAUUCCGAGUAUCGCACGGAUGAUUGUGCACGCAUUGUUCUUGACAAAUUAGAAAACGUUGGUUAUCGCGUCGUAUCUAUGACUGGUAUUGGUCAAACAUGCAUUUGGUUAUUACACAAAGAAUAA